UGGGUGGGUUGGUGAAGGAUGUGUGAUUGAUGCCCUCCUCUCCCCCUCACCAAACUCCCUGUUAAUGUUCUUGUAAAAGCCGUCAUUACAAGACCCCCCAAGACCCCUUGAUUACUCGAACAAACAGAGUCCUGUAAAAAAAUUCGAUUUGCUUUCAAUCUCAAUGGCGCAAGCUAGCAAGAUCUGCCACCAGAACCCAUGUGUUAUCUCCAAUCUCCUCUCCAAAUCAAACCAAAGCAAAUCACCCUUCUCCGUCUCGCUGAAGACAACGCAGCAGCCGCCUCGAGCUUCCUCGUGGGGAUUGAAGAAGAGUGUGACGUUGGUAACUCGUCCCACCGUCAAGGUAACAGCUUCCUCCGUUUCCACGGCGGAGAAAGCUUCGGAGAUCGUGCUUCAACCAAUCAGAGAAAUCUCGGGUCUUAUCAAGCUACCCGGAUCCAAAUCUCUCUCCAAUCGGAUCCUUCUUCUCGCCGCUCUAUCUGAGGGAACUACUGUAGUGGACAACUUGUUGAACAGUGAUGACAUCAACUACAUGCUCGAUGCGUUGAAGAAGCUGGGGCUUAACGUGGAACGUGACAGUGUAAACAACCGUGCUGUUGUCGAAGGAUGCGGUGGAAUAUUCCCUGCUUCCUUGGAUGCCAAGGGUGAUAUCGAGCUGUACCUUGGGAAUGCAGGAACAGCCAUGCGUCCACUCACCGCUGCUGUUACUGCUGCAGGUGGCAACGCAAGUUAUGUUCUUGAUGGGGUGCCUAGGAUGAGGGAGAGACCUAUAGGAGAUUUGGUUGUUGGUCUUAAGCAGCUUGGUGCUGAUGUUGAGUGUACUCUGGGGACUAACUGCCCUCCUGUUCGUGUCAAUGCUAACGGUGGCCUUCCCGGUGGAAAGGUGAAGCUUUCUGGUUCAAUCAGUAGCCAGUACUUGACUGCACUCCUCAUGGCAGCUCCUUUAGCUCUCGGAGACGUGGAGAUCGAGAUCGUUGAUAAACUGAUCUCUGUUCCUUACGUUGAGAUGACGUUGAAGUUGAUGGAGCGUUACGGUGUUAGUGCUGAGCAUAGUGAUAGCUGGGAUCGUUUCUUUGUCAAGGGCGGUCAGAAAUACAAGUCGCCUGGUAAAGCUUAUGUAGAAGGUGAUGCUUCUAGUGCUAGCUACUUCUUGGCUGGUGCUGCCAUUACUGGUGAAACUGUCACUGUUGAAGGCUGUGGAACAACUAGUCUGCAGGGAGAUGUGAAAUUCGCAGAGGUUCUUGAGAAAAUGGGAUGCAAAGUGUCGUGGACAGAGAACAGUGUGACUGUGACUGGACCAUCCAGAGAUGCUUUUGGAAUGAGACACUUGCGUGCUGUUGAUGUCAACAUGAACAAAAUGCCUGAUGUAGCCAUGACUCUUGCAGUUGUUGCUCUCUUUGCUGAUGGUCCAACCACCAUUAGAGAUGUGGCUAGCUGGAGAGUUAAGGAGACAGAAAGGAUGAUUGCCAUUUGCACUGAGCUUCGAAAGCUUGGAGCUACAGUGGAGGAGGGUUCAGAUUACUGUGUGAUCACUCCACCAGCAAAGGUGAAACCUGCGGAGAUUGAUACAUAUGAUGAUCAUAGAAUGGCAAUGGCAUUCUCUCUUGCGGCUUGUGCUGAUGUUCCAGUCACCAUCAAGGAUCCUGGUUGCACAAGGAAGACUUUCCCUGACUACUUCCAAGUCCUUGAAAGUAUCACAAAGCACUAAAAAAAGAUCCAAAUGUGACAUUGUGUUUGUUUCUUCCUCUCUGUUGCCACUGUAACAUUUAUUAGAAGAACAAAGAGUAUUAUGAUUGUUUGCUUGUACUGAAACUGAUUGAGAUGCAAUCGUUGAAUUGGGCUUUAUUAUUAAAGGACUGUUUGUGAAUUGUGA